GGCGCCGCGACGAGGCCGCGCACCUCGAGGAGGAGCGGCGCCUCUUCCACGUCGCGAUCACGCGCGCGGAGCGGACCUUCGCGGCGCUCCACGCGACGCGCGAGGCCGACGGCAACGGCGGCGACGCGGGCGCGGGCGCGUCGGCGCAGCGGUCGCCGUUCCUCGACCUGCUGCCGAAGGCCGCGGUGUCCGCGCGCGCCGUCGGCGCCGAGGAGGACGAGUUCCCGCGCCACCGGGCCCGGGCGCCGGGGUUCGCGGCGGCGGCGCCGCCGCCCUUCGCGGGCUUCGCGACGGCGGCGACGAUCAGGGACGCCGUCUUCGACGACGACCACGCCGGCGCCGAGGACGAGGCGCCGCCGCGGCCGCCGCCCGUCGCGGCCGCGGCGCGGCGGCCCCUCUGCGCGGCGCACCGCGUCGCCUGCGUCCGCCGCGACGACGGCUCGCUCGCCUGCGCGCUCGGGCCGGGCCGCGCCUGCGACGGCGCGGUCCUCGAAGAGGCGGACGCGGACCGCUCCGCGGCGCGCGCGCCGCCGCCGCCCAAGGCGAAGCCGGGCGCGGGCAAGAUCACGGCCUUCUUCAAGAAGGCGCCCAAGGGGCCGCCCAAGGUCCAGAAGCGGGCGACGUCCCGGAGCCCGAGCCCGCCGCCGAGGCCGCCCGCGCCGACGCCGGCGGCGGAGGAGCCGACGCCCGCGUCGGAGCCCGCCGCGCCGCCGACCGCGGCGCGGCCCGCGCCGGAGCCGUCCGUCGCGGCGCCGAAACGCGCGCCCGAGCCGCCCGCGCCGCCGCGGCCGCCGCCCGUCGCGGCCGCGGCGCGGCGGCCCCUCUGCGCGGCGCACCGCGUCGCCUGCGUCCGCCGCGACGACGGCUCGCUCGCCUGCGCGCUCGGGCCGGGCCGCGCCUGCGACGGCGCGGUCCUCGAAGAGGCGGACGCGGACCGCUCCGCGGCGCGCGCGCCGCCGCCGCCCAAGGCGAAGCCGGGCGCGGGCAAGAUCACGGCCUUCUUCAAGAAGGCGCCCAAGGGGCCGCCCAAGGUCCAGAAGCGGGCGACGUCCCGGAGCCCGAGCCCGCCGCCGAGGCCACCCGCGCCGACGCCGGCGGCGGAGGAGCCGACGCCCGCGUCGGAGCCCGCCGCGCCGCCGACCGCGGCGCGGCCCGCGCCGGAGCC